AAUAGGGACCGAAACAAGGUAGUUUUACACAAUUAUGGAUCACUUCGAUUGGUAUAAGAUUUUUACAAAUUCAAACACCUUAUCAACUAUGAAACACGCUUUCAAAGCAGGAACGUGGAUCGGAGAUCCAAACGGAAGCUUUACAGUGCUCAGUCUUUGGAAAAUACUGUUUCCGAAGCCCGCAGGACAGGAAAGCUCCGUAUGGUGGCAAAACGCUAUAUGGUCCCAUUGACAACGCUGCAUCGUCAUGUUAAGCAUCCUCCAAGGAAUGACAGACCUGGACCCCUAACCCUAUUGCGACCAGAAGAAGAAGCUCGUUUCGAACAGUGGGCAUUUUACAUGGCCAGAGCUGGAUUUCCGAUAAACGAAACCGAUUUGAUAUACGCCGUGAAAGACUACGCCGAUAAAAUCCGUGAAACACGGAAUUUACCUCCUUCUUUCCCAAGUAAGAACUGGCCACGUCGUUUCUUACAAAGACAUCCUUUGAUCAAAAAGAAGUUUACCACAAACCUAUCAAGAUCUGGAGCUAAUGUGACCGAGAACGUUCUGCGAAUGUGGUUUUCAGAAAUUGAAAGCAUUUUUGAGGAAGAGGGUAUCGACAUGUCGAUUUUCAAUUUCACAAAUCGAAUAUUCAAUUUCGAUGAGUCAGGUUUUAGGCUGGUACCGAAAGCAUUCAAGGCCCUCUGCGAGAGUAACGUGGAAAACACUUACAUUGUUAAUAAUGAUUCAGAUAAAGAAAGCUAUACUAUUCUUUUCGGAGCCAACGCAGCUGGUGAGCUAACCCCGCCAAUGAUUUUGUAUCCGGGACAAAGAAUCAGUCGUGAAAUCGCGGAAAGCAUACCUAAAGGCUGGUCGGUAGGUGUUUCCGAAGAAGGGUGGCAGACAUCCAAAACCUUCUACGAAUAUAUGGCCAAUGAUUACUUUAAUUGGCUGGUAAAGUCCAAAAUUGAGCUUCCUGUAGUAGUUUUUCUGGAUGGCCAUAAGAGUCACAUCAGCAUAGAGCUAAUGGAGUUCUGCAAACAACAACACAUAAUACUAGUUUCACUCUACCCCAAUUCCACAAGAAUUCUCCAGCCACUUGACCGAUCGUUCUUUGGUCCUUUCAAGGAUAUUUUGAACAAAGUCCUAAGAAAAUUUCAGCUGGGUAAUAAUUCUGCAAGAAUAACCAAAACAAACUUUCCCAAACUUUUGAAAACGGCUUUGGAUAAUUUUACGAAUCUAAAAGAAUGCUUAAAAAGUGCUUUUAAGCUCUGUGGACUGUGCCCUUGGAACGUUAAUGCGAUAAAUUUUAGUAUCUUGCCCACAAAUGCUACGAAAGCAAUCGAAGACCCUAUGGAGACCAUACAAGUGGCUGCAAAAACUUUCGAUGCAUCAAGUCAGACAACUGUGAAUGAUCAUGAACUCCAACUGCAAUAUGUCGAACUUGGAUUGAAAUGCGAUCAAUUGACGAGGUUUUUGGACAAUUGGAAAAAGGAUUAUUGGUACGGCCCGCUUGACGAACUCGCGUUGUUUAAUUUUUGGAAACUUACCAAAGAUAAAGCGGAAGGGUUGCUUUUCACAGAACCACUUCAGCAGUCAAACAGUGUCACUUUGGAUUUUAUUGUGAAUACCUACGACGAAUGCUCAUAUCUAUCGACAACAGCCCAUUCAGAAAACGCUGAUGCUGCGAGAAGUGAAAGUAGUGAUUGUCGUGCUCCACUAACUGAACCUUCUAGUGCCCAAUCAGAGUUUCUAUACCCUGCCUCAACAAACGAUUUGACGGAUAUUACGUUAGAGACUACAGGUGCUACUUACACAAAUUCUAGAGAUCCAUUUGAAGAGGUUCUAGUUUGGCCGAGAGUUCAAACUAAUGGUCCAAAUCAACGCAAACGUCGUGGACAAGAACAUGUACCAUCUGUUUCUACCAGUAACAGGUGGCUGGAGUGGUAUAAGAAGAAGGAUCUGGAGAAGAAAGAGAUCGAGGAUGCCAAAAAAGCAAGGAUCGAAGAGCGAAAAAUCAAGAAAAAACAGAGGGAUGAGGAUAAACAUCUGAAAGAUGUUUUUAAGACGGACAAACAGAAAAAAAGUCGAGGAAAAGCUAAGAAAAAGUGA